AUGCCUUCAGAGAAAACUCUACCUCAAAUUUUUAAAUAUGUUGAUGAAAAUGUUGAGUCUUAUAAAAAUUUAUUGAAAGAGGCCGUAGCGAUUCCGUCGGUAUCCUGCGAUGCGAAAUACCGAGAUGAUUGUGUUCGAAUGGUACAAUGGACGAAGGAUAAGUUAAAAGAAGUUGGAGCUACCACAGAACUUCGUGAUGUUGGUUUCCAAAAUAUUGAUGGAAAGGAAAUUAAAUUGCCGCCCGUACUUGUAGGCACUUUAGGAAAUGAUCCUAAGAAGAAUACAAUUUGUAUCUAUGGGCAUCUGGAUGUUCAGCCUGCUCUCAAAUCUGAUGGUUGGGAAUCUGAGCCAUUUGAACUAGUUGAACGGAAUGGAAAACUAUAUGGACGUGGAUCGACUGAUGACAAGGGUCCUGUUUUGGGGUGGCUACAUGCCAUUAACGCUUACAAGGGUGUUGGAGAAGAGUUGCCCGUGAACUUGAAAUUUAUUUUUGAAUGCAUGGAAGAGUCCGGAUCGGAAGGUUUGGAUGAAUUACUCAUGGAUAAAUUGAAGCCGGAGGGUUUCUUUGAUUCCGUCGACUAUGUGUGCAUAUCCGACAACUACUGGUUGGGCACAACUAAACCUUGUAUUACAUAUGGUCUUAGAGGCAUCAGCUAUUAUUUCUUAGAAGUUGAAUGUGCAAAAAUGGAUUUACACAGUGGGGUUUAUGGUGGAACGGUUCAUGAAGCAAUGUCGGAUUUAAUUUAUUUAAUGAACACCUUGGUUGAUAAGGAUGGAAAGAUCUUGAUAACAGAUGUUUACAAGUCGGUGGCGCCCUUGACUGAGAAUGAGAAGAAAUUAUAUGAUACCAUUGAUUUUGAUCCCGAAGCUUACAGAAAAUCAAUUGAAGCUCACAAACUCGCACACAACGGUGUUAAGGAACAGCUCCUGAUGCACAGAUGGAGAUACCCCAGCUUGUCUCUUCACGGCAUCGAAGGUGCCGCUUUCCAACCGGGCGCGAAGACAGUUAUCCCGGGAAAGGUUAUCGGAAAGUUCUCGAUGCGUCUCGUUCCUGACCAAGAGCCGGCGGAAAUUGAGAAAUUGGUGUUUGACUUCGUUCAUAAGAAGUGGGCCGAACGCGGUUCUCCAAACAAGAUGCGCAUUUGGGCCCAAAGUGGACGCGCAUGGACAGAAAAUCCUGAUCAUCCCCACUACCAGGCCGCUGCACGUGCCACCAAGCUCAUCUAUCAGACCGACCCAGACAUGUCUCGCGAGGGCGGUUCCAUUCCGGUGACAAUAACUCUUCAGGAGGCGAGCAACAAGAACGUCUUAUUGCUGCCCAUGGGCGCUGGGGACGACAUGGCGCAUUCGCAAAAUGAGAAGCUUAACGUCCGCAAUUACAUCGAGGGGAUUAAACUAUUCGCCACAUAUCUGAUGGAGGUUGGCAAAUUGGCAAAGUAA